AUGUUGGUGGAACCGACGAAUACUUCAAUAGUUUUACUCAACGAAAUCAAUAAGCGUAUCUUGGAAAACAAAUCAGUUUAUGAUCAGGUGAUUCUUAUGUACUACCUCAGCGAUAAGGACCACAGUCUUAUGCGGCCCUACAUAGUUAAUAACAACUUCUAUGUUGGAUUGAAAACAAGAGGGCUCGCAAUAAAUGGCCUAUGGUUCUUGACUAGAAGCGGGCACUGUUCAAUAGAGAAGGUCGAGCGAGCCCGAAAACGACAUCUGGAAUAA